AUGAUACACUGUCCCACUUUUCUCGGCCAUCUGCUGGAUUACCAGUUACUCAAAGAACAAACAUACUCGUCUCUGAAACAAGCAUGGAAGAGAAGGAGACAGGAAGAUGUCACAAUUUGCCACGUGGAGGAGUUCUUACCAUUUUUGGAAGCAUCUGUAUUGUGUUUUGCAUGGGGAAUGGAUAUACCUUCGGUAAUUUCAACCCAUACAUCACCUCCUACCUGCGGAACAGAAGCGCCUCGACUGACGUGGCGUAUGCCGACUCUGUGUGGAUCUCAACCUCCAACACCAUCGUCUACGGUCUGACCAUGCCGAUACUCACUUUACUGGAGCGGUGGCUGUCUGCGCGGGGGUGCAUCAUCGUAGGAGGUAUCAUUUACAGUAUUUCAGUGGCAUCAACCUACUUCAGCAUCAACUACAGCUACAUCACUGUCGCCGCAUCCUACGGCGCCAUCGGGGCAGGGAAGGCGCUUGCAUACCCCAUUACAACCAAACUGGCAUUCAGAUGGUUUCCGAACCGGAAGGGUUUGAUCUGCGGGAUCCUGGAAGGAGGGUACGGCGGCAGUGGCUUCAUCCUCAACCAAAUCGUCACUGGCUUCAUAAACCCCGAGAACCUCUCCCCUGAUCAGGAAGUAGGGGACAACGAAUACUUCACCCAGGCGAUUCUUCUGGACAAGGUGCCGUACACGUACUUGCUGCUUGGAGGGAUGUACACCGUGGUCUUCGCCAUAGGCAUCUUAUUAAUGAGGGAACCGCCUGAUGGCUCGACCCAAGAAAUGCCAGUGCAAUACAACAAUGACGACGAAGGUGGCGGCACAGUUGCUGUUUCAACGAUCAGUCAAAAAGACAUGUCCGCUGGUGUUAAUAUUAAGUUGGAACCCACAAGUCAGACUCACACUCCUAGCCCCGACAUGACACCGAGGGAUGUUCUGCGCUCCUGGAUAUUCUAUGCUGUGUGGUUGACAUACUUCUUUGAAGGAUUUGCAGUUGACGUCAACUUCUUCUUCUACAAGACAUAUGGCGAGACGUUUAUUGAUGACGACUACUUCCUUGCCCUGGUAGCCUCGUUUGGAUCUGUGUCUGUUGUGGCCGGGAAUCUCUUCUGGGGCGUUCUUGCUGAUAAGUAUACGUACAAGCCUGUUCUGAUGAUCGUCACAUGUGUGUUCGGCGUCUUCACCUCCACAUUCUGCAUCACCGAGUAUGGAGGAAAGCCAAUGUACUUCAUCUGGGUGUGCGCCAUACACUUCGCCUUCACUGGGCCCUUAACCAUUCUCCCUUUGAUAGCCAUGGAGACGUUUGGCAGCAAGCACUUCUCCAUCAACUACGGCCUUCUCAACACUACAGCGGUUGCCUUCAGUUUUUUCAUGGCGUUUUUCUCCUCACAUGUGAAAGAUACCAUUGGCUGGCAUGGGAUAUAUUUACUUGGAGCUGGUUUCCUCGUCAUUAGUUUUGCAUUUUCUUCUGUCGUCUUUUUCAAGAAGUUUCGAAGAUUACAAUGACACCUUCAAAACUCUUUACGCUGAAAACCUUUGUAUAUAAACAUGAUUUUGUUCAUA